UCCCUUCCACACUACAUCAAAUCAAUCAACAAUCAUCUUCCACUUAAUUAUAAGCCCAUCAAAAAUUUAACGUCUGAAUUUGGUAGCUCAAAAAUCACUGUUCUUGGGAGAUACAUAGAUUCUCAGCUUCUCACUCAUUUAUAUACUAUCAGUUUAUUUUAUUUUUCAGCUUCUACAAAAACAACCCAAAAAAAGAACUCUCUGUUUAUUUCUGUCUAAAGAAAUGGCUUCUGAUGAAACCAUGCCAAUGAUUACUUCAUCAUCAUCUAUGCAAGAAGAAGAAGAUACUCAAUACGAAGUUGAUGAUAUGGUUGAUUAUCCUUCUCACCACCACCAUCUUAACCACCCACACAAUUUGUCAAGGUUAUCUAUGUGUUCAAGCAACAUAAAAGUUUCAAUUUCAUCACCAUCUUCAGCAGUAUAUGUUCAUGAAAGUGAUCACGAUAUUAUAUCAUCAGCUGAUUAUGGGUUUGCAGAAGAUGUGGUGGUAAAUGAUGCGGACGGUGGUGUUGUGGGUACGUAUAUGUCUCGUUUGUCAAUCGAGGGUUCUGAUAACGACGGUGAUGAAGAAUUCUCUGAUGAAGAGGGUAACAAAGGGAGGAGAACAAGGAUGACAAUCUCAUCUGUUUUUUCAUCUGAUUCUGAUAAGGAAAAUGGAUGCGUGUCUUUACCGGCCACACCUCCUCGAAGGAGAAGUCGUCGGUCAACCGGGUUAGCAGCUGGUUUGAAAGACUAUUCAAGUGAAAAUGAAGUACAACCAGAGAAGGGUAACAAGAUGAAAUCCAGGAAUUCGAGGAGAAGAGUUGUAAGGGAGAGAUGGGUAGAGAAAUGUUGGGAGAAAAAGAGGUACAACAAUAUGGGUGGCAAUAUGGAAGAUCAAGAAAUGGGCGAGUGUUUAGUGAUAACAAGGCCUAAAGGAGGGAAAAGAUCUUUAUGUAUGGAUAAGGAUGAAGUUAAAGCUUGUGAAGAUCUUGGUUUCGAACUCGAACACGGAAGGAUUUUCGAGAUUCCUAGUCGAAUUUCUAUUUCAGCUGGUGGUUCAACAAUUGAUACUAGUAGUGGUGGUAAUUCACCUAUUGCUAGUUGGAGAAUUUCUAGUCCUGGUGAUGAUCCAAGAGAUGUCAAGGCACGGCUAAAGGUAUGGGCACAGGCAGUGGCUCUAGCUUCUACUUCUAGGAGCUUCAGCUAACAGAAAUAACACUUUGGACGUCAUGCUGCCGAGUACAAGAUAACCAAGAUGAAUGUAGGAAGAGAUGAUUUUGUUCUGUUAAUUGUGGGUCUUUUCUAUUUUUGUAUUUUCUGAUUUAGGUACCGUAAUCAUGCGUGAUGUGACUAGGGAGAGAGUGAUUUACCCUGUAGAAGAAAUAUCAUUUUCAACUCAUCCUUGUAGUGUAGUUGCUUGUUGUACAUAAUCAUCAAAAAAUGGAAGAAAUAAAAAUGUAAUUAGAGAGGA